ACAACUAACAAGAGCUUCUCCAGUUAAUUGGUGAAUCGAUUAGCAAUGGCAUCUAAAGCUUUUCCCCUCCUCUCUUUCACCCUCUUUGCAGUCCUCCUUUCACUCUUCGCUAAUUCAGUUUUAGCAGACCCCAUUGACAAAAGGAUCCAAUCACCAUUUCAGUUCAUCAACCAUCUCAAAGGUUGUCACAAAGGUGAAAAGGUUAAAGGCAUCCAUAACCUCAAAAAGUAUCUCGAAAAUUUCGGUUACUUGAACUAUAAAAACUCCAAAAAUCAAACACAUGCCAAUGAUGAUGAUUUUGAUGAUCUCUUAGAGUCUGCCAUCAAAACCUACCAGAAAAAUUAUCAUCUUAAAGCCACUGGAGUUUUGGAUGCCAAAACUGUUUCAAAGAUGACAAUGCCUCGAUGUGGAGUAGCAGAUAUUAUUAAUGGCGCAACUCGGAUGCGGUCUGGCCACAAAAGACACCACAAUGCCUCCAGCCAUUUCCAUAAUGUCGCUCACUAUUCAUUUUUCCCCGGAAACCCUAAGUGGCUAGCAAACAAGUACCAUCUCACCUAUGCCUUUCUUCCAGGGACUCGAGCUGAUGCCAUGAACCCUGUUGCUAGAGCUUUCACGACAUGGGCUGGAAAUACACAUUUCAAAUUCACAGAGACUCAGGACGAUAGAAAUGCCGAUAUCACUGUUAGUUUCCACAGCGGUGAUCAUAGAGAUGGUCACCCCUUUGAUGGUCCUGGCGGAACUCUUGCUCAUGCUUAUGCCCCAAUGGACGGAAGGUUCCAUUACGAUGCAGAUGAGACAUGGUCUGUGGCUGCAACCCAAGGCUCAUUUCACUUGGAGACUGUUGCAUUGCAUGAAAUUGGGCAUCUUCUUGGACUUAUGCAUAGCUCAGUUGAAGGGGCUAUCAUGUACCCUUCCAUUACUCAAGGAAGAACAAAGGGCUUGCAUGCUGAUGACAUUCAAGGCAUAAGGACUUUAUAUAAUGCUUGAAGAGUACUGGAACUUCACUUUUAAGUGAAAAGAAUAACUGAGAUUACGGUACCAGAAUAAAUGCAGAGGAAACACAGAAGCUCUGUUUUUGUUUUUGUUUGCUUUUUAUUGUUGUUUGAUUUCUAUAUAUUUUGCGAUCAGAUAAACUAGUUCAAACACACGAUGAACUAGCUCAAUUGUCCGAACAUAUAUAUAUAUAUGAAUUUCUCCUUUUAAAACAA